AUGACCAACUACGCCGUUUUCGAGAAAUUCGACAAGGCAACAAUGCAAUGGUCUCGUUGGGUGGCACGUUUUGAGGAGACUGUAACGAUGCUUGAAGUCUCCGAGAAAAACAAAUCAUUGCUGCUUAUUUACAUGGGGCAAGAAACAUACGACAUGCUGUAUGACAAAUUAGCCCCAGCAACACCAGCGGAAAAAACUUACGCGGAAAUAAAAAGAAUCAUCUCUGACGUUUACGAUCCAGCACCAUUAGAGAUAAUGGAAAACUACCGAUUCCACCUACGCAAACAAAAUGAGAGUGAGUCAGUAGAAGAGUUUUCGAUAGCGUUACGGAAGUUGGCAAUAAAUUGCAACUUCGGCACAUAUUUGGAAACUGCAUUGCGAAACCAAUUCGUAUUCGGUCUGCGCAGCACACGGAUCCAGAAUCGAUUGCUGGAGACAAAGGAUUUAAAAAUGGAUGCAGCGUUAACUACGGCAAAAGCGAUGGAGCUAUCGGCAAAAGGCGGUGCGGAAAUUCAGCAGCAAAAAGACGUCAAAUCGCCAAUAAAUUACAUUCAGCAAAAGAAUAAGAAAGGCAAAAAGAUAACGAUCAUGAAUUCAGCAAAUUCAAAAGCAAACAAGACUAAAGUUGACGAGAUGAAAAUGAGCGGGUUCUGUUUUCGAUGUGGCAAAAGUGAACAUCGCGCUAACAAAUGCCCACACCAAAAUUCGACGUGCUCGUUCUGCAACGUGAAGGGUCAUCUAUCAUCGGUCUGUUUUAAAGCGAAGAAGGAAAAAAAGCAGACAAACUACAUUGACUGCGAAGAUCAUACUAAUGCGGUUGAGGAAUUGUUCAACAUAAAUACAGAUAAUUUUAAUUACAUUAAGAUUAAUCACAAUAAGAACUCAAAAAUUUAUACACAACUAAAA